UUAAGACUUAGCAGGGUUCGUCUACCCUCUCCUCUGUCCCUGCUCUAGGUUUCUGUGUCCCUGCGGCUGAGUGCUUCAUUGGGUUUCAAGGGCUUCGAUUGCCGCAGCGACACCACCUAGCUCAGCCAACCUUUCUUCCGAGCACUCAUGGGGUCGCAGAAGAGAAAACUUCAAGAAGAGCAACCGGCAGUCUCUCUCCCCCCACACAAGCUACAGAGAGAGGACGGCUUAGUUGCUCUAAACGAGCCCGUGGCUUGCGUCCACGACGUGUCCUACCCCGAGGGGUACGUUCCUUCCACGAUUUCCUCUUCUGCCCCGCCGAAUUCGAAGCCAGCUAAGGAAUUUCCAUUCGUGCUCGACCCCUUCCAGUCCGAAGCAAUCAAAUGCAUCGACAGCUGCGAGUCUGUUAUGGUAUCUGCCCAUACAUCAGCAGGAAAAACUGUUGUAGCGUUAUAUGCUAUUGCUUUGUCAUUGCAAAACAAGCAACGGGUAAUCUAUACAUCACCUAUCAAGGCACUCAGCAACCAAAAAUAUAGAGAGUUUAAAGAAGAGUUCUCUGAUGUUGGUCUGAUGACUGGGGAUGUCACAAUUGAUCCCAAUGCUUCAUGUUUGGUGAUGACAACAGAAAUUUGGCGGAGUAUGCAGUACAAAGGAUCAGAGGUUACACGGGAGGUGGCUUGGGUAAUUUUUGAUGAGGUACAUUACAUGCGUGACAGGGAAAGAGGUGUGGUAUGGGAAGAGAGCAUUGUUAUGGCCCCGAAGAAAUCACGGUUUGUGUUCCUCUCAGCAACGGUGCCUAAUGCAAAGGAGUUUGCUGAUUGGGUUGCCAAGGUGCACUAUCAACCAUGCCAUAUUGUUUAUACUGAUUAUCGGCCUACACCCCUUCAGCAUUAUAUUUUCCCCUCUGGAGGUGUUGGCUUAUACUUGGUGGUUGAUGAAAAGGGAAAAUUUCGUGAGGAUAGCUUUCAGAAAGCAUUGAAUGCACUUGUUGCUGCUGCCGAUGGUGACAAGAGAAGGGAGAAUGGGAAGUGGAAGAAGGGUUUUGUGGUGGGCAGAGUUGGUGAAGAAAGUGACAUUUUCAAGAUGGUGAAAAUGAUUAUUCAGCGUCAAUAUGAUCCUGUUAUACUUUUCAGCUUUAGCAAAAGGGAAUGUGAAUCUCUUGCAAUGCAGAUGGCAAAAAUGGAUCUAAAUGAGGAUGAUGAGAAAGUAAACAUAGAAACAAUCUUUUGGAGUGCUAUGGACAUGCUUUCAGAUGAUGACAAGAAGCUACCUCAGGUUUCAAAUAUGCUGCCCCUCUUGAAACGUGGUAUAGGUGUACAUCAUUCUGGCUUGCUCCCCAUACUAAAAGAAGUGAUUGAGAUAUUAUUUCAAGAAGGUCUCAUUAAGUGUUUGUUUGCCACAGAGACUUUCAGCAUAGGAUUGAACAUGCCAGCCAAAACUGUUGUGUUUACGAAUGUUCGUAAAUUUGAUGGGGAUAAGUUUAGAUGGCUAUCUAGUGGAGAAUAUAUACAGAUGAGUGGUCGUGCUGGCCGUCGAGGCAUUGAUGAACGGGGGAUAUGCAUACUCAUGGUGGAUGAGAAGUUGGAACCUUCUACAGCCAAAAUGAUGCUUAAAGGAAGUGCUGAUUCUUUGAACAGUGCCUUCCAUUUAAGCUACAACAUGCUUUUAAAUCAAAUGCGAUGUGAAGAUGGUGAUCCUGAAGAUUUGCUUCGAAAUUCAUUCUACCAAUUUCAAGCUGAUCGUGCCAUUCCAGAUCUUGAGAAACAAGCAAAGGACCUUGAAGAAGAGAGAGAUUCAAUUAAAAUUGAAGAAGAAGAAAGUUUGGAGGACUAUUACACUCUGCUGCAGCAAUAUAAAAGUUUGAAAAAGGACAUCCGUGAUAUUAUCUUUUCUCCAAGGUACUGUUUGCCGUUUUUGCAGCCUGGCAGGCUUGUGUGUAUCCAAUGCACUGAAAGUGAUGAAAAUUCCCCAUCUUUCUCCAUUGAGGACCAGGUCACAUGGGGAGUGAUAAUCAAUUUUGAAAGGGUUAAAGGACUUUCUGAAGGAGAUGAUAUGAGCAGAAAACCAGAGGAUGCCAACUACACAGUGGAUGUUCUUACGAGAUGUUCAGUAAAUAGGGAUGGAGUUGCCAAAAAAACAAUUAAGAUUAUUCCAUUGAAGGAAUCUGGAGAACCUAUUGUUGUGUCUGUCCCAAUCUCUCAGAUUGACAGUUUAAGUAGCAUCCGCUUGAUCAUAUCAAAAGAUCUUUUGCCAGUGGAGACUAGAGAGCAUACCCUGAAGAAGGUGUUGGAAAUUCUUUCAAGAUUUUCUAAAGGUGUGCCCCUCCUGGAUCCUGAAGAUGACAUGAAGGUUCAAAGUGGCUCAUUCAAAAAAACUGCCCGCAGGUUAGAGGCCUUAGAAAGUCUAUUUGAGAAGCAUGAAGUUGCAAAAUCUCCACUUAUUGAGCAAAAGCUCAAAGUUUUACACAUGAAAAAAGAAUUAACAGCAAAGAUCAAGUCAAUUAGGAGAACAAUGCGCACAUCGACAGUGUUGGCUUUCAAAGAUGAACUCAAGGCAAGGAGACGAGUUCUACGAAGACUAGGAUAUAUCACAAGCGAUGAUGUUGUUGAGUUGAAGGGUAAGGUUGCCUGCGAAAUCAGUAGUGCGGAUGAGUUGACACUAACAGAGCUGAUGUUCAAUGGGGUUUUGAAGGACAUUAAGGUGGAAGAAAUGGUGUCUCUUCUCUCUUGUUUCGUAUGGCAGGAAAAGCUUCAGGAUGCUCCGAAGCCAAGGGAUGAGCUUGAGUUGCUCUUUACACAAUUACAGGAUACAGCACGAAGGGUUGCUAAAGUUCAGCUGGAAUGCAAGGUCCAAAUUGAUGUUGAUAGUCUUGUCAGCUCAUUCCGGCCUGAUAUAAUGGAGGCUGUGUAUGCUUGGGCAAAAGGAUCUAAAUUCUAUGAGAUCAUGGAAAUUACACAGGUCUUUGAGGGUAGCUUGAUCAGGGCUAUCAGAAGACUGGAGGAAGUCCUUCAGCAGCUGAUACAAGCUGCAAAGUCCAUUGGAGAAACUGAGCUUGAAAUGAAGUUUGAAGAGGCUGUAUCCAAAAUCAAAAGAGACAUUGUUUUCGCAGCAUCUCUAUAUUUGUGACUUUUUCAAGUAGGCAGGUUCUUGGAUUUCAUUGCUUCUAGGAAUUGUACACAAUCAUGCUUUAGGAACGCUUGCAAUUGUAAUUCAUGAACACUUAUAUUUAUUUGGGGGUAUGGUGCAAAACCACCCCUGUUGAGGUGUCA